CUCUUUCGGUCAGAACGUGGGACGUUUCAGAAGGGAGCUCUCCAUGUGAUUGAUUCCGUGAGUUUCUUCAUCAGCGGCAGGCAAGGCAGCUGCAGUUCCCCUCAUAAACACACUCAUAAAGCCAGUGUGCAAGAAGGAGCAAGGACGUCCCUUUUCGCAAGCAAACCGGAGAUGCCAAGCGUGUGCACUUAAUAUAAUAGUCUGCCAUUGCAAGAUAACUUCAUUUCCUUGAGUCUUAUUGUCGUUUUUGAAAGAUUCCAAUCGCCGGACAGAUCUGGCAACAAAGGACUAUUUCUCCUGCUGGAGACCUCGAGGAUAAAAAAGGCAGGAAUUUAAAGCCAUUAUCAUGGAUUUUGUUAUGAAGCAAGCUUUGGGAGGAGCCACCAAAGACAUGGGGAAAAUGUUGGGUGGGGAAGAGGCUGAGAAGGACCCUGAUGCGGAGAAAAAGGAGGAGGAAAGACAAGAGGCACUUCGACAACAGGAGGAGGAGAGGAAGGCAAAAUAUGCAAAAAUGGAAUCGGAGAGAGAAAACGUCCGACAGGGCAUCAGGGAUAAGUACGGCAUCAAGAAGAAGGAGGAGAAGGAAGCCGAGGCCCAGGCUGCUUUGGAUCAGGCAGCAGAGGGAAGUCUUACCCGCCCUAAGAAGGCCGUCCCAGCCGGCUGUGGUGAUGAGGAGGAGGAAGAGGAAAGUAUCAUGGACACGGUCAUGAAAUUCCUCCCUGGUCCAUUUAUGGAUAUGUUCAAUAAAAAGUAACAGCGUUGGCGGUAUUAGAUUGUUAACCUUCCAACAUACAUAACCAAGGCCACCACCCCAACCAACCGUUCUUCACCCAUACAUUCCCGUUUCUAAGAGCCCUGGAUUUGAUCAGCGCACCAUAAUAUUUGUCCUUAACUUAAAUGAUAAAUGAUCCGAUCUAUCCAUGUGGUACAUUGUCUUGUUUGGAAGGAAGACCACUGAUUGGUGAUACCAUGACGUGAUGUAUGAACCUACGUAACAUCUGCAUAGAUCCAAUACCUUAACUUAAAGACAAAUUUGAUGCCAGGUUUUCAAGGUGUCCAGGCCUUAGAAUGUGAUCUGAUAAACUAUAAUCCAUCAUUUUUGUUUGUAAAUAAUAGCCUCUGGAUUAAAAUAAAUAUAUGUGAGUACCAGAAAAUAUAUAAAGAGUAUAAGCCAUAAUUUAAACAUUUAAGACAUUCUCCAAAUCAGAUAAACAUUUGAUUACAUUUAGCUGUUUUAUUCUUGAUGAUAUUGAUAUAUCCAUGUAGUUUUUAUUGGUUCUUCAUUGAUCAUUUUAAUACUGUUCUCUGUCCCAAAACAUUCAUAGGUUUUAAUGUUGAAAAUGAUACUGGUAAUUGUAACAAUGUUGUAAACCAUAAAGAAAAUGGAUCAUUCAUUCAACAACAUAUGUUUUUCAAGCAUGCCAUUGAUAGAUUUUGUGGAGUACAGUACAUUUACAAAUUCCAUUACAUUUGGUAUGAUUAAGUGAAAUACAUUCAUAUUUAAGGCAAUAACUCUGGUUUUCAAUUUUGUUUCGAUGACACUACUAUGUACGGUAGGCUAUACAUAGACAUCCUAACUGUUCUUCCUUGAGAUGAUAGAUGUCCUCGAGAAAAAUGCUCAACAAAUAAAACAAUGAUAUACCUGUGCUUAAUAUAAACCCAUUGUUGUAUGUCUGGUUGCUAACUCGAUCUGCUUGGCUCAUAAACAGUAGGACUUGUGAGAAUCAAAUCCAACAAAUACAAUUGGACGUAGAGGGCUAUAUGUGAACUAUUCUAAUUUCUGUAAAUAGAUUUACUAGAUGUACUUUUCAACCACAACUAUGUUGUGAACACACUUUAUGUGAACAGACAGUGACAAUGGUGCAAUAUAUUGUUCGAAAUGAAGUUGUCCUGUGUCCGUUGGUUAACUAAAGGGAGUGCAAUCCCGAAUCAUCAAAGACAGACAAUCUUCAUUGUUAUGUGUUGAGCUUAAUACAUGUUGUGUGUUUGUGUGUAUAGACACAACGUUGUCUAACUAGUAACGGAGAGGUGGAGGAUUUGUUUAGUGUAGGGUGUUUUAUCGCAUUGAUCAUUUCAACCAGUGCGGGUCAUUGUCUCUCAGUGGGAUUUGGUUUGUGGUUCUUCCAUACCGUGAAUUUGUGUUCUAAACUUUACAGAGAUUGCAGGACAAGGCCGUUUCUGCUAAUAACUUGAGAGGCAUGCGUACACCAUAGGAAACAGUUGUCCUUCGACAUGUUCCUCUAUGUGUUGUCAAUGUUUUCCCCAGAGGUCAAUAUGUACAUUUCCCCAGACGUUUCUGUCAUUCAGUUGUACCACAGAACUCUAAAUGUUUGAAGUUCUUUCAUCCCUUUCCUUCAAUUUCUUAAUUUAAAAUGAAUUAAGCUGUAAUGUACAUUCCAAAUAUUUCAGACAUUCCAUAGGGCCUGUGCAGGCUUCAUAGGGUCUGGGACAACAAAUAUGACAAUUUUGUCGUUAGUAUGAAGAGAAUGGCUUUGAUGCUCUUCUGUAAUUGUGGGGAUUUAUUUUCUUGUGUUGAGGUAGAUACAACACAUGACCAAGUAAAUGUCAAUAGCUAACUAGCCUGCCAUGUACAGAAAAAAAGUCCAACAUGUAAUCAAAGAGAAAUACAAAAUGUGCUACAGCAGCUAGCUAACUUAUAGAGUGCUGGCUAACAGAUAGAUUGUUAAGCCUUUAUUUUGGCAGUGAACAAGCUAGCUAGCUAGCAUUUGUCAAUGACGCACAAUCCGAGUAACCGUUUGCUUUCAGUGCCAUUGUAAUUUGCUUACAAACCAAUGGAUGUUGAGUGUACUAGGCAAGUAUCAAGUAGUUUACCGAUGGCAUUUGUGAAACUGCCACUGUUUAUAUCAGCCCAGCGUUGAUGCUAGUUAGAUUCAAGAUUAGCCUUUAGAAACCUGUGUGAUUCUGGGGCCUGUAGUAGCUGUGGAAUAGAGAAUAAAAUCUGCAUGAUGUAAAAACCUAGCUACAUAGUAUGCUCUCAAACCUUCAUGCCAAUUGCCUACAAAGUUUGUAGAUAGACAUAUGAAAGACGCAACAUUAAGGUCCUUUAUAGAGCACAUUUAUUGAACUUCCUGUGAUUUUUAUGUACUUGUGAACUGCCUUCGGCCUCUAAUUUAUCAAUGUGGUAAAACGUGGCUGAUUAACGACCAAUACUUGUUGAUAUUAUACAAUUAUACCACUUCUCUUUAUUUGUCAUUGGCACAUGCAUGCAUCGACAGCCGUCAAAUAAUCAUUGACAUGUUUUUCUUCUAUCAAAAACCAAAGAAUAGUCUUGUUAGUGAUAGACUGUCUCACCAAGUUCAUAUUUGACAUUUCGUCAUGUCAUGUUUUGUUAAUUGAAAUUCUCAGGUAUUCUAGCUUUUCUUUUGUACGUUUUUACCCAUUACAUUUUGUAGUGUUCACGUAAUGAUCACAAUAGAUUUAGAAAAUGUAGUAUUUCAUUAUUAGCGACCAAGCACAUAGCGUCUUUCAUUUACGAGGAUAAUGGACAGAUAGCAUCUGGUUUGACCCUUGUCCAUGAAUACAAAGCUACUGGAACUGCCCAUCCCGACAAGGUUUUCCAGCAAUUUACAGUCUGAAAUUCUGUCAAAGUUCCAGAUUUCCUUCUUGGAACAUGUUGUAGAACAUUAUUCAAUUUCUGAAAGUGCUCACCUUUUAACUACAAAAUGGCAUCACUGCCUUAUGGUCAUCAUCACCUAAUUACUCCACAUUGCGCAAAAGAAAUAGCCACUUAUUGACCACUGCCUGAAGAAACAAGUCACAUGUCUAAUAAAAAUGUGUUAGCGAUUCUAUGGUUGCGUUUACACAGGCAGCCCAAUACAUUUACAUUACAUUUACAUUUAAGUCAUUUAGCAGACGCUCUUAUCCAGAGCGACUUACAAAUUGGUGCGUUCACCUUACAAUUUUUUUUCUGCUAAUUGAUCUUUUGACCAAUCGAAUCAACUCUGAAAAAAAUAUGAUGUGAUGAGAUCUGAUGUGAUUGGUUAAAAGACCAAUUUGUGGGAAAAAAUAUCAGAAUUGGUCUGCCUGUGUCGACGCAACCUAAUAUAAACCAUGUCAGAUUACUGUUGAUCCACUCAUUCUCACUUUUUAAGUUAAACCAUUCUUUCAUUUCAACCCUCAAUUAACCAUCGAUAUGAUAAAAAACUGCCUGACAAAAAUGCCACUUAAAAUAUUCCUUUGUUGUGACUUGAAUGUAACUGUCUGAUGUUUCUAUCUUCGCAUAGUCUUUGACUGUUUGUAACUGUGUUGAGAAGAUGCUUAUUCUGGUGCAGUUUUAUGUCUGUAUCAUUCCUGUUUAUGUCCACUGGUGGUUGUUCUUCGAGAAAUCUGUAUCUUUUGUAUUUUUUGUAUUGUAAAAUCUUCUCACCCUUCUCUCUCUCUCUCUCUCUCUCUCUCUCUGCCUCUCGCUCUCUCUCUCUAUCCAUCUAUUUGUUGACAAUUGUAUGCAUGCUUAUGGUGUGAGAUGUAGGCAAGGUUGUUAAGAUAAUUGUUUGUGUCUUCCGUGUCGAUAAGCUCCACCUGACAGCCUCGCUGCAUGCCAUUUCAGGCUGAUCUUUUAGUCUCUGUAACAUUCCUGCCAAAAUGGAAUCACCGCACACUCUGAGAAUAAAGUGAUUUCAUAUAAUUGUU